AUUGAACAGUUGAUCAAUGGUCGUGGAAGUUGAUAUUUUCUUUUUGAAUUGGUUAUUUGUGUCUGUACUGUAUUUAAAAAAUUCUGUAUUGGAAUGAUUUCUUUAAUAUAAAUAUCUGUUUCGAUGUCUGUCGCAAAAUCUGAUUUUUUAACCGCUCUGAUUUCUGGAGGAGCAGCUGGAACCUCUGUGGAUAUAAUUCUCUAUCCUUUAGAUACAAUCAAGACACGUCUUCAGAGUGCUGAAGGAUUCUGGAAAUCUGGUGGAAUUAGAGGAAUAUAUUCUGGCUUAUCGUCUGUUGCUUUAGGUUCUGCUCCAGGAGCUGCUGCAUUUUUCUGUACUUAUGAAUUUGUGAAAAAAGUGUCAAACCCAUUGUUUUCAGAUGCUUUUCAGCCCAUUUCUCACAUGGUUGCAUCCUCAUGUGGUGAAGUGAUGGCUUGUAUUAUACGUGUACCUGUUGAAGUAAUAAAGCAAAGAGCACAAGCAAAUCCAUGUAAUAGCAGCUUUCAGAUAUUUAAAAAGACUUUAAUAUCUGAGUAUGCUGCUGCAUUUUUCUGUACUUAUGAAUUUGUGAAAAAAGUGUCAAACCCAUUGUUUUCAGAUGCUUUUCAGCCCAUUUCUCACAUGGUUGCAUCCUCAUGUGGUGAAGUGAUGGCUUGUAUUAUACGUGUACCUGUUGAAGUAAUAAAGCAAAGAGCACAAGCAAAUCCAUGUAAUAGCAGUUUUCAGAUAUUUAAAAAGACUUUAAUAUCUGAGUUAAUAAUAAUAAUAAUAAUAAUAAUAAUACAUUUAUGUUUGUUUUCUAGACUAUAUGCAGGACUUAUUCCCAGAGUCUUAUGGAUGUCUCUUGGAGGAGCUAUUUUUUUAGGAGUUUAUGAAAAGUCAAAUCAAUUAAUUAUAAAAUUUGUAUAUAAAGAUUAAUCUUGUAACUUAUUUAUACAUAUAAUAAAAUAUAUU